AUGUUGAAGACUGCCGCGUUUCUGGUGGGGCUGGCUCUAAUAUUCAAUACCCAGCGUAGGGCGCUGGUGUCUUCGUUUGGGUUUGGCGUCGCAAAUGCAGUUGUUGUUGCUAAAAUGCUGCCCGUAGCCUCUCCGUCCAUGAUCAAAGUCGGGUUCAGUGGCCGGGAUGUUCUCAAAAAGGACCGGCCAUUGCUCCCCGAGACGUUGGGUCUGAUCACAGGGGUCUUUUAUCUGUUCUCGCUGCUGUUGUUUAUUCCCUUUGCCUUCUACCACCACCUGACAGACACGUUUUCGGACGGGCAGUUCCCCCACCACAAAUUGGCCGCGUAUCUGAGUGCGAUCUUGAGCAUUCAGUCCAUGCUGAUGCUUGGAGUUGCUGAUGAUUUAUUUGAUCUUAGAUGGCGCCACAAGUUCUUUUUGCCAGCAAUCGCAGCCAUCCCUAUGCUCAUGGUGUACUAUGUCAACUGGGGUAAGACCAGUAUUGUGCUGCCGCCGUUCCUCGAAAUGGGUUCGACCAUUGACCUGGGCUUCUUAUAUUACGCCUAUAUGGGUGCCUUCUCCAUCUUCUGCACCAACUGCAUCAACAUAUACGCUGGACUCAACGGGCUUGAGGUCGGCCAGUCAGUUGUACUCGGGGUGUGUGUUCUAAUCAACGACUAUUUAUACAUUUCAGGUCCUCCAUGCCCUGUAAUGGACAAUCAUCUCCUCAGCACAUAUAUCAUGCUUCCGUUUGUCCUGGCAUCGCUGCCAUUACUCAAGUACAAUUGGUGGCCCGCUCGCGGGUUCGUGGGUGAUACAUAUUGCUACUUUGCCGGGAUGGUGUUUGCAGUGGUGGGAAUUCUUGGCCAUUUCUCCAAAACUUUAUUGAGUUUCUGUGGCCCCCAGAUUUUCAACUUUUUGUAUUCACUCCCUCAGUUGUUUCAUCUCGUGCCUUGUCCUCGUCAUCGUAUGCCUGUAUAUAACGAGAAAACGGGCAAGCUGGAGCCAUCGCGGGCCGAUGUUUCCAAGUGCAACAGUGCGGUAAAGACCGUUCUGCGCGCCCUGGCCAAGUUCCGUCUCAUCAGAGUCUGGGAGGACGCCAGCAAAAUGGAGGUGUCAAACAUGACCCUCAUCAACCUGACACUAGUGCAUAUCGGUCCCCUGCGCGAGGACCACUUGACAAUGGUUUUACUAUCGCUACAAUUCGCCUGGGGAAUUCUUGCAAUCAUCCUCAGACAUCAAUUGGCUAAACUGAUAUUUGGUGCAUAG